UCAUUCCCUCCAAGAUGGAGGUCUUAGUAGGAACUUAUGAUCCACUUCUUCUUGGAUUUCAACUCGUUCACGACAACGAAAACGAAAAAAAUUAUCGGUUCGAGCCCAAGUUUGUGGACAAGGGCCAUGCUGGAUGUGUGAAGAGUGUUGCGUGUGGUGGCGGUGGAGAUUCUCUACUCGCAUCUGGAUCCACAGAUGAAACUAUCAGGUUAUAUAACUUAAAAGACCACAAGGAUCUUGGCUCCUUACACCAACACGAAGGUUCAGUGACUUGUUUAACAUUCUGCGGCARUACUCAUAUGUUGAGUGCAAGUGAGGAUAAAACCAUCUGUGUGUGGAACUGUAAGACAUGGGAAUGUUUAAAAGUGCUGAAAGGACAUCAGACUUGGAACCUUGUUACAGGAAGAUCUGCAUAUGUCACAAAUCUAAAAGAAGUUGCAACUUUAAUAAAAUGGUCACCAUUGGGAGAUUGCUAUGCUGUUGUCAUUGGCAACAAGAUAGUUAUUCAUAAACUUGCCACUGCUUCACUGUCAUGUACUCUUCAACUACCACRACCUGUUCUAGCAGUACAAUUCUUAUCUGAAACUCUUUUGGUGGCAGGAGGAGAAUUUGAUGGUAUUCGAAUUUUUAAUAUUGAAAAAGAAGAUUGUAUCCAAACUCUUACAGGUCAUGAAAGCAGGGUCAAAGCUCUAGAGGUCAUGGAUGACAUCUUCUCAGAUCAAGACAAAAAGCGUCUUUUACUUGUCUCAGUUUCAUCUGAUGGSGAUCUUCGUGCUUGGUCUUUAAACCAGGAAAACUUUGAAGAAGAAGGGCAGCUCGUCGCACGCUAUGARAUGAAUGGAAGACCAACCUGUUUGUCGAUAUCCUGUCCAAAACGCSUAAACACAAAACCUCUUCUAGAGAAGAUGGAAGAAAAAGAAACAAAAGAGAAGAAWGAGCACGAAUCAAGAAAUAAAGAUAACAGUGAAAGAAGAACAACUAGACAAUCAGGCGAUGAACCGACAACGAAGAAGGCGAAAAAGAAGAAGAAAACACCGAAAAAGAAGAAGAAGCAACAGGAGCAAAUUAAAGACGAAGAGGAAUCUCCCACGAAAACAAACGAGGAAGCGAGUGAAGCUAUGAGUCCAGACGAUGAACAAGAUGAAGAACAAACAAUGGAAGAAUAGAAUAGAAUUGUAAACACGUUCGUGAAGGAAGAAAGGAGCCGAAUUCCAGUUUCCAUGUUACUCCUUCAUGGCUCUUUGACUCUAAGAUCUUAUUUAUCAGCAGGAUGGAAGCUCAUUCAAGCACCACAAAGUAGACAAGAUGUUUUAGUCGUCCCAUCUCUGAUGAUGCCGACAAGAAAUUAACGUCUGAAAUUACGAUGCCCCCCCUCCUAGAGCAAUUGUCGGGGGGGGGGGGGGGAGAUGAUGGGUGUAUUGUAAGGAUGACAUUAAUGCAUGGAUGGUGGUCCCCCAGGGGAUGAUUUCACCCUUGCAUUGAAAUGUCUCUUGUCAUAUUUGUUUCCCAUUUCCCAUUUAUCUGAAUAUAUACAUAUUAGUUUUGCUUUCUAUUUCAA